AUGACACAACCACCACCCUCCACCACCACCUACACAACCAUCCCCAUCUCCGCCGGAGAUGUCAUUUCGCGAUCCCUCCAAAACUUCACCUCGUCCUUCUCCCUCCUCCGCCCCUGGCCCGAGCUCUUCACUUCCGGAUCCUUCACACGACCCGACUCAUUCUCCACUGCCUUGAUCCGACUCCGCGCCAACUUCCACCAUUUCAUAUGCAAUUAUUCAAUAAUCAUCUCUGCUUGCGGAGCUUUAUCUCUAAUUGGGUCUCCAAUUUCCCUCUUAAUGUUUGCUUUGGUGCUGUCUCUCUGGCUGCUCCUCUACUUCUUUAGAGAAGACCCAUUGGUGUUAUGGGGCUAUGAUUUGAAUGAUCGGCUGGUUUUGAUUGGGUUGGUUUUGGUCUCUGUUUUGGGUGUUUGGUUAAGUGGGUCAGCUUGGAAUUUGGUUUGGGGUGUUCUGAUUGGGUUUUUGGUAUGUGGGGUUCAUGCUGUUUUGAGGAAUUCAGAUGGGUUGUUGGUUCCUGGUGAGGAAGCAGCUUUGAUCGGCUCGGGUCAUGUUUCCGGGUCAUAUGGAGCUGUAUCAGUAUCUAGUGAUGGUGGUGGUCAAUUUAUCAAGUAG